GGGAGGACUUAAUUGAAGAUGGCGACGUCUCUGGGAGCUAACACGUACAACAGGCAGAAUUGGGAAGACGCGGACUUUCCCAUCCUCUGCCAGACCUGUCUGGGGGAGAAUCCCUACAUUCGCAUGACCAAAGAAAAAUAUGGCAAGGAGUGCAAGAUCUGCGCGCGCCCCUUCACCGUGUUCCGCUGGUGCCCGGGGGUCCGCAUGCGCUUUAAGAAGACGGAGGUGUGCCAGACCUGCAGCAAGAUGAAGAACGUCUGCCAGACGUGCCUGCUGGACCUGGAGUACGGUCUGCCAAUCCAGGUCCGUGACACUGGACUGUCAAUCAAGGAUGACAUGCCCAAAUCAGACGUGAACAAGGAGUACUACACCCAGAAUAUGGAGAGAGAGAUCCAGAACUCGGACGGGACGCGGCCCGUGGGGAUGCUGGGAAAGGCGCCCAGCUCCAGCGACAUGCUGCUGAAACUGGCCCGCACCACGCCCUACUACAAGAGGAACCGCCCCCACAUCUGCUCCUUCUGGGUGAAGGGCGAGUGCAAGAGAGGCGAGGAGUGUCCUUACAGGCAUGAGAAACCCACCGACCCGGACGACCCCCUGGCAGACCAGAACAUCAAAGACCGUUACUAUGGCAUAAACGACCCGGUUGCCGACAAGCUGCUGAAACGGGCCUCCACCAUGCCUCGCCUGGACCCGCCCGAGGACAAGUCCAUCACCACGCUGUAUGUGGGAGGGCUGGGAGACACCAUCACGGAGUCCGAUCUCAGGAAUCACUUCUACCAGUUUGGGGAGAUCCGCACCACCACCAUCGUGCAGAGGCAGCAGUGCGCCUUCAUCCAGUUUGCCACAAGGCAGGCGGCAGAGCUGGCCGCAGAGAAGUCCUUCAACAAGCUGAUCAUCUGCGGGCGCAGGCUCACCGUCAAAUGGGGAAGAUCCCAGGCGGCUCGGGGGAAGGAGAGAGACAGGGAGGGGGGGAACGACAUGGGCCUCACAUUGGACCCUGUGCCUGGACUACCAGGUGCCCUGCCCCCGCCCCCUGUGUCAGAGGAGGAGGCCCCAGCCAACUACUUCAACCUGGGGCCCAACACGUCCCCUGCAGUGAUGAACAUUGCCCUGCCCCCUCCGCCCGGUGUCGCUCCCCCUCCCCCUCCAGGUUUCGGACCACCUAUGUUCCACUCCAUGGGUCCCAUGGGUACGGUCCCGCCCCCUCCCAUGUCCAUGAGGCCCCCAGGCCACAUCCACUAUCCUUCCCAGGAUCCUCAGCGCAUGGGCGCGCAUGCCAGUCGCCAUGGUGGCUCCUAGUCAGGCAGCUGAUUGGGGAGCUGUAUUUGAGUGCAGGGCUUUGUCAGUUAACUGCCGAAAUUUCCAUUUUUUUUAAUAUUACAAUUUUAACUCUUUUGUAGGACAACUGAAUGCAAAAUUAAACCUAUUAUUGUAAGCAGAAGAGAAUUUUCCCAUUUGUUAUGUUGAUGUAUACGUCUUUGAAAACCGCUGAAUUGCAUUUGUGUUUGUCAUGGAAACCAUAAAAAAGCGACUUCUCUUGAAGCGUGGCAUGUCUGAGCCCACACUAGGAAAGAUCCUGAGGAAAUGGGUCUGUACAGACAGUGGCGAACUCACCCUUUUCUGUGUUUGACAGAAAGGACUUCCCCGUGUAUUUUUGUAUUGAGGUUGAAAACGAGUAGUACAUUGCUAAGGACAUUUGUUGAGAACAUUUAAUUUUUCUGGGGGGUGUUGGGUGGGUAAAGUGUGAUUUAAGCUGUACUACAAGUGCAGGAA